AUGACCCAGGUACAAGAAACAUGGCGUCCUCAGCCACUCCUGUCGAUUUGUGUCAUAUCGUAACAGAAAAUGCAGUAAAUUCACUACUAAAUACACUUCUCUACGGGGAAAGAAAGUUCUUGAUUUGGACUAGACUAUGUUUGGAGAAUUCUUCGUGGGUUAUAAACACCAGUGAUGGAGUCGAUGUCUGGAAAUUGGAAAUUGAUGGACAGAGUUUGGACUCAUAUAGGGAACUCUCACAACUUGACACUUAUGAGACAUUUUUCACAAAGAUCAGAUCAGAUUUUUUAUGUGGCAAUCUGAUAAUUACCCUCCAUGCUGAAAAAAUUACUUUGACAGUUGGUGUACCAGAUACAGCACUCAGUUUUGAUCUUUAUGAAGCAAGUGCAGAUGACAGAAAAACUGAGUUACAGAUUCUGAUACUACGAAUGGCAGAUGAUAUAAUGAAUCUUACUGAAAAAGUAAAAGUUUCUACAGAAUCUCUUGAAAGAAUGAAAAAUCAAAAAGGUCCAGCUCCUAGUGAUUCCUCAAUUUUUGACAUGCCUCAGAAGAAAGUGAAAGCUCCCACAGCCAAGAGAAAACAGGGCUACAGUUUGGUGAACCCUGGCAGUCAAAACGCUACAGUUACAGACAUGGCCACAGAUCCAGAAAGUCUUGGGAAUACAGUCCAUUUAUCUGUGUUAAACGGUUCUCAGAUGUUAGAUAUCUACCGGUGUCCUAAUCCUACCCAUUGUCAGUUUCCCUGUAGUAAAGGCAGCAGACGAUACCACUGCCCAUUGUGCGACAACAGACCUCAGAAACCAGGACGCAUGCGCAGGCAUUUUUUCCUCAUGCAUGCUGGGAAUCACGUCAUUGAACACGAGGGUUUCCGUAUUCUUCGUUGUAAGCUCAAGUGUGCCCGCGCAAAUGGCCGCAUAACUGACUGCUCCCACUAUCACUGCUGUCUGUGCGGCCGCGUCUGCCUGCGUAAGGUACAUUUAUGCUGCCACUUACAGGCACAUACACUGGGUACAGCAAAAGAUGUUGAAGAUGACAUGAUAGACACCAAAGGAGAUGAUGAACAAGAGGAAGAGGCCGAUGAUGAUGAUGGUGAUGAUCAUGAUGACACGGCAGAUGAAACUUUGUUACAGACCUCGCAAAUGGCUUGUAGUAUUGCAGGAGAGAAUGAGAAUAUGGUGACCUUAUCCGAUGGUACCCAGGUUGUAUACGUACAGUCUAUGGACAAUGGAGAAUCUGCACUAACAGUUGUUCCAGUCAGCAGCCAAUCAGAGUCAAUACAAAUACAAUCUGACCCACUGAACUCGAGUCUACAGGUGUUAGCAUCUUCACGGACAAACAAUCAGAUACAAGAGCUAGGCACCAUGGCCCAAGAUGUUGCUGAACAAGUCAGCGGUGAUCAAGAUUUGGAAGACAUUUUAAAUCAAGGACAAAGUAGAGUAGUAGUACCCUCCGAGGCAUCCGUGCGAAGUGAGCCAUCCAUCGUGUCCACAGGGAUCUCAUCUUUCCAUUCUUACACAUCCCAGACAGAACAUUCGCAAGUACCUUCAAGUCAAACGCUACAUUUUACACAGUCAUAUAGCGAGCUCACUAACGAACAAGGUGACCCAGUACAAGAAGAUGGGAAUGUCAUAUUCGAAGGAGCAUCACCAACUAGGCCAGCCAGUCAUAUAGGGCAGAAGUCCCAAGACCUUUCAAACAUAGCCACUUGUGAACUGGCCAACCAAGAACCGAUUGAGCUGUCAGGAGUUACGAACAGCCUGGACAUCAAUGACUUGGUGUCCAAUGCCCCAGUGGCUGCGUCACAGGUGCCGAGUAUUGAGGGUGGUAUCUCACCCACAUCUCCUUCCAUGACAUCCAACCAGAUGAUAACAAGUGCAGACUCAUCCAUUCAAUUCCAGAGUCCAUCGAAGACUAUUAUGUCUAGUGACUCAUCCAGUCAGUUCCAGAGUCCACCUUUAAGUGACUGUGAUCAGUCUUCAAGAAGCUGCAGAGGAUCUGAAAAUGAUAGUCUAUCAUUGUUGAAGAGCGACGGUGGGCCUCAAGAAGACGAUCGAGUGUUCAGUAAGCUGUUUGAAAAAAACAUUACUCCUUGUUCGGAAAACAUCUACCAGCAUCCAUCUGUGGUGCCUGAACGAACGGGUAUGAAUGUGGGCCGCUGUAAGAAUACGGAAUGUGACUGCAGGCUCUACCAUUGUCCCUUGUGCACUUGUCUGCCCAACAAACCAGGACGAAUAAAGGAACACUUCAGGAAAAUUCAUGCUGAAAAUUUAAUCAUCAAAUAUCGAGGUUAUCAGAUGCUGAGAUGCAAACUUGGCUGCUGUCGUCCUAAUGGGAGACGAAUCCUCAAUUCUCAUUAUCACUGUUUCCUAUGCGGCGGCAUCUGCAUUAGUAAACCAGGCGUCUAUGAACACAUGAGGACACAGCACGCCCAGGGCAGAGAUAAACCCGAAACCCACUCUAAUGAUGGUCCAGAGAAACGCAAAAAUACCUCCACUUCCACGGCAGUACCAGCCAAGAAACAAGCAGUGGAUCAUGAUCUAACGCAACUCUCAUCACCGCCUAAGACAAAACUGGAGGAAACAUCACAGAGUCUACGACCUUUAGUAUUGCAAGUCCCAAACAUGUUGUCAGGACAACAAGCUUCCAAUAACAAUCAAAGGGUAUYGUUAGAUGGUCAGAGCUUAGAUCAAUCAGGAGGCAUCCCCACCUCUCAGCAACAGAUUACGGUCCAGUUGCCCGACGCACAAGCUUCUCCUUCACAGCAACAGCAGCAGCAGCAGCAGCAACCAGUUGUCAUCCUGAUGCCACAGCAAUCACAGAAUUAUAUUCAAGGACAACAACAGCAACAGCAACCCAUUGUUAUCGUUAUGCCCCAAGGGGGUGGAGCUGGGGGCAUUCAGAUGGCACAACCUAUUAUUAUACCCGUGCCCCAAUCUGUAAAUAACUAGGUUUUUUUUGUUUUUUUUUUUUGUUUGUUUUUUUUUUGCAUAAAAAUUACUUUGUUAGAUAAUGUUGUUCUACGCACCUUACGAGAAAAUAUCAGUCCUGCCAAGGGCAUGUGGCAUAUUUCUCGUGAGGGGUUCGUAGUGGACUUAUAUAAUUAAAAACUUAGAUAUCUUGUUUAUAAAUAUA